AAAUAUUUGGAAAAAUAAAGCUAGUAUCACUCAUGGUAGCUUUUUUUUGUGUAUGCUACUCUCAUCAGCAGCUGUAAAAUUCACAUGAAACAGGUGACGCCACGUAACAUUCAAAACGCUCUUCAGUUUCCGUCUUACCUAGACAGGAGUUGUGAGAGCCUAUUUGAGAGCCACUGAGAAUAUUAAAAUUCGGUUUUAAAUCGUCCCGAGUUUGUUGCGAUAUCAGCUUUUCAAGAUAUGCAGCGACGACUUGCUUUGUUUGUUGGAUUACCGCUUGUCGAAAGAGGCCUCAUUAGAAAUUCAAAUAGCGUCUAGAAAAAAGUUAAAAUUAGAACGAGAGGUAGCGGAUGAAGCCUGCGAGACAAAUCCGGCAAAAUCUUAUUGAGUUUUCAGAUUUCGCGCGAUCCUAAGCUAUGUCAAGAAGACGGAGGGCUGCUAUGAAAGAGGCGAUUCAAGAAAAUGUCCCUUCCACAAAUUUACCCCGAAAAGAGAAGAGAAAUACCCAUCAAGCGGGUCGAAAACGAAAAGAGACGAGUGUUUACCUCGGGAUGUUCAAAUCGAAAAUCCUCGUUCUUGGACCAUGUGAGAGUGGGAAGACUGUCAUAGCAAACUUUCUAUCAGAUGCUACAGAGACUUCUGGUGGCGAUUAUCACCCUACGCAAGGAGUACGAAUUCUAGAAUUUGAGUGCAAUUCUAUUGAGAUCACCCCUGGAAGAACAGCUAACUGUGAAGUUGAGCUAUGGGACUGUAGUGGCAAUCACAGGUUUUCCACUUGUUGGCCUGCUUUUCAAAAGGAUGCCAAUGGAGUCAUUAUAGUCUACAAUCCUGACCAGCCAAACCAAGAUAAGGACCUCGAAACUUGGUACACCCAGUUUGUACAAACCCAGAUGUUGAAGGACUCACAAUGUAUAGUAUUUGCUCACCACAAACCAAUGGGAACAGAGCGCACAAGAACACAGAUACCCCCAAGUCUCUCCAAAGUAACAUGUGUGCAUACGAAUCUCGAUGAAGACCCAGACUCUGUGAGGGAAGACUUUAAGAACUUUCUAGCCAAAGUACUCAGUAAUUUGACUGACAAGAGGGACCAGGAGGAGCUUAGUAUUAUGAAUCAUUGAGAUUCCCUGAGUGUUGAAAGCCACAGUUACCAAGCCCCUGUAAGCGGCCAUUUGUAAGAUACUAA